AUGGAAUAUAGUAAUAAUAUAGUCCAUACUAGUAAAAAUAUAGAUAUUCAUAUUCAUCAUAUUAAGAAAACAGUUGGAAAAGAAGCAGAAAAUUUAGAGAACAAAAUUGCAAGAUGGCAUAGUUCAGUUAUAGAGCUUAUUUUUAUGAAAACCAAUUAUAAUAUUAGGAGAGGAGAGAAAAGAUCUAAGAAAAUGAAAGUCAACUUAAAUAAUUAG